UCACAUCUUUUCACCUACGCACAGUCUCUGCCUCAUCGCUUCUUUUCCUUCUCCGUCCCGAUCGAGCGAGAAAAAGGGAAAGGGAAAAAAUGGUGACGAUCAAGUCCGUGAAGGCCCGUCAGAUCUUCGACAGCCGUGGAAACCCCACCGUCGAGGUGGAUCUUCAUUGUGAUGAUGGUACCUUUGCCAGGGCUGCUGUCCCCAGUGGUGCAUCCACGGGUGUAUACGAAGCAUUGGAGUUGAGAGAUGGUGGAUCGGAUUACCUUGGGAAGGGUGUCCUCAAGGCUGUUGAGAAUGUGAAUACUAUAAUUGCUCCAGCACUGAUUGGCAAGGAUCCUACUGAGCAAGCUCAGAUUGAUAACUUCAUGGUCCAGCAGCUUGAUGGCACACAAAACGAGUGGGGCUGGUGCAAACAGAAGCUUGGUGCCAAUGCUAUUUUGGCAGUAUCACUUGCUUUAUGCAAAGCAGGUGCAAGUGUGAAGAAGAUUCCUCUCUAUCAGCACAUUGCAAAUCUUGCUGGAAACAAGAACUUAGUUUUGCCUGUGCCUGCAUUCAAUGUUAUAAAUGGAGGAUCACAUGCAGGGAAUAAGCUGGCCAUGCAGGAAUUCAUGAUUCUUCCGGUGGGGGCCUCCUCUUUCAAGGAAGCCAUGAAGAUGGGCGUGGAAGUUUAUCAUAAUCUGAAGGCUGUCAUUAAGAAGAAGUACGGACAGGAUGCCACUAAUGUUGGAGAUGAGGGUGGUUUUGCUCCCAACAUUCAGGAGAACAAGGAAGGUCUUGAACUUUUGAAGACAGCCAUAGCUAAAGCUGGUUAUACCGGCAAAGUUGUGAUUGGCAUGGAUGUUGCUGCUUCUGAAUUCUAUAGCGAAAAGGAUAAGACUUAUGAUCUCAACUUCAAGGAGGAGAACAAUGAUGGUUCUCAAAAAAUAUCUGGAGACAGUCUGAAAAAUGUCUACAAAUCUUUUGUCAGUGAGUACCCCAUCGUAUCUAUUGAAGACCCAUUUGAUCAGGAUGAUUGGACCCACUAUGCAAAGAUGACAGAAGAGAUUGGAGAUAAGGUGCAAAUUGUUGGAGAUGAUCUUCUCGUUACCAACCCAACACGUGUUGCCAAGGCGAUAAAGGAGAAGUCAUGCAAUGCGCUUCUUUUGAAGGUGAAUCAAAUCGGAUCUGUUACUGAGAGUAUUGAAGCAGUCAAAAUGUCUAAACAUGCUGGCUGGGGAGUGAUGGCUAGCCACCGGAGUGGUGAGACGGAAGAUACUUUUAUUGCUGACCUCUCGGUUGGUUUAGCUACGGGCCAAAUCAAGACUGGAGCUCCGUGCCGCUCUGAGCGCCUUGCUAAGUACAACCAGUUGCUGAGGAUCGAGGAGGAGCUUGGUGCUGCAGCUGUCUAUGCGGGAGCAAAGUUCCGAGCACCUGUGGAGCCCUACUAAAACGGAAGAGCCUGAUGUUAAACUCCCUAGUUUUGAUUUCGGCUUUCCUUUUUCACCGGACUAAAGUUGAUUUGCUUGAGGAAUAAUUUCUAGUUCUACACACACUGCAGUCUUUCAUCGGGAGAUGAGUUUGUAACGUAAAGAUGCGGACCAACGCAUGCAAAUAAGUGUUUUGCUUUGUACUGGAAAUAUGCACCAGGAAAUAUUUUUCUUGCCAUCCUUUAUUUGCCA